AUGGGCCUGUGGAACAGACUACGUUCGGGGUCCGAGGUGUCUCGACAACCGCCGUAUAUCACGAGUUCGCAGGUGUUUGAGAGAACCCUGUCGACUCCGAACUUGGCAGACCCUGCUCAACUCAAUGCUCUUGAUAAGCGCCAUGCCGAGAUUCUAGCGUGUUUUUAUCUGGAAGACACUCCUGCAUUGGGUCUGUCGAGAACCAGUUCUAUUAGGGCCGCUACACCUCCUGAUUAUAAACAAUUGGCUCCUGUAGCGCCUCGGUAUCCUAUUCAUCCUCGUGAUGAAGAGGGUAAAGAGCGUUUGCCCGGGUAUCAGUCGUCUAUCAAGAAAAGCGGCAGUUUAGUUCGUAAAAUGGAAGGCAGUAAUCCAUUCAGACCUGCUACUAAACGUAGUUGGACAUCGGUUCAUGUGGUGCUUAAUAACACUAAACUCGAUAUUUACAACAUUUCAUCUCGUAAAAGCACGAAUUCUGGCGGAAUUGGAUAUAAGAUCGGAGCUUUAAUUCGGUCGUAUACUCUGCAAUAUGCAGAAGUCGGCCUGGCUGUGGAUUAUAAGAAACGGCCGUUUGUGAUUCGACUUCGAGCUGAAGGUGAACAGUUUUUGCUUCUUAGUUCGAGCGAACAAGAAUGUGUCGACUGGGCUCAUGCUAUUCAGAUGGGUAUUGAUCUGGCUCUGCCUUUAGACGAGCGAAAGAUCCCGCUCAACCAGUCGGUUCCUCGUCGGUCAAGAAACAGAAGAAGACGGUCUGAAGCCAGCGAGCCUUCUGACUCUUCUCGCCACCAUCAGCGUCCUCGCCCUUCGUCUACAAUUGAGACUUUGUCUACUCCAUCAUCCUCUUCAUCAUCAUCAUCUUCAACUUCAACAUCUACAGAUUUAGCUGGCUCGGAUUUGCGACUUCGACCGUACUCUACUACUAUGAGCGGUAUGAGCAGCAUGACUAGUCUCAGCAGUUUUAGUGCCAUGAGCGGUGCAAGUGAUACCAUCGGUGGUAUUACGUAUAAUCAGAAUAGUUUCAGUGGAGUCAGUGGUCUGAGUAAUUCUAGUGGCAUGAGCAACAAUCGAAACAGUUUUAGUGGCAUGAGCUCCAUCAGUCCUACCAGCAGUCGAGUCUCAGUAACGUCUAAUCAACCAGGGUUUCUAGUAGGUGGUGGUGCUGCUUUUUCGGGACUCAGUUCUGCAUCCAGUUCUGGUGCUAUUAGCACUAUCGACUCACGACUGCCACCGCCUGCAAAUGAUUCUACCUCUCGUCCUAAUUUUGCUCACCGUCACCAUGGUCACCUUCCCAACAUUCUAUCGGUAUUUUCACACCACGGCCAGCAAAAUCCCAAUUCCACCUCCGAAACUUCCAAUACCGACUCCAGUAUCACCAACAUUAACACCAACAACGAUAUCAACAGCAACACCAGCACUACUGAUAGAACCACUAGCAACACCCCAUCAGCCUCCAGCUCGCUUUCUAAUCUUAGAAGAAUCACUUUCUCUCUUCCCCACCAUCCACACAAACACACAAAACCAACCACUGUCGAAACUAGUGAACCUGAACCUUCGUCAUCUGGCGAUUCAACUCUGACUCGCAGCAAUACAUCUGUUUCUCUUGUAUCUACUACACCAGCUCCCGAAGAUACAUACGACGAAGAAGAUACAGCAUUAAACCAAGAACACCACCGACGGUCUCUAUCGACUUCGGAAGCACUUAAUGCCCCUUCUUCGAUUGUCUAUAAAUGGAACCCACGCCGUCACCACCGCCGAAAUCACGCCAACUACGCUGCAAGAUGCCUCCCACCACUCAUCUCAGACGCACCUUGGCUCAACAAAACCGUUAUUUACAAGGGCAAGAAGUACAAAGUGGGUCACACCACUUUAGAAGAAGUCAGGACUCACCUGUCUGUGCCCAUUUACUAA